AUGUCAUGGCCUACCAUACUUUUCCUGGCUGUAUACCUCCUCACUACAGCUCUCUGUGUAUAUGCUGUUGCUAGGGGUUAUGCUGAUGCUGAGAAGUGCAGCACUGAGAGGAUCAACCGCAGUUUUGGUGAAGUUCCUAGCGAUUGGAAAGCCUUCAUUAGACCUAAAUCUCUGCGGUCUAAUUUCGUGUCAAUAAUGAUCCUAGCUGUAACUGUGGUACCUCUCAAGUUCAUUGCCGUUAUUUUCAUCCACGUGGUUGCCCUUAUCGGUCUCUAUACCCUCCCUACCCGAAUUUUCCUCAAGCUGCUCAGCUACUGCUGUGCCGCGCUGGUCAAGAUAACGGGUAUCACUGUGAGAGAGGAGGGCACGAGGCUUCCAGCCAACGAGGUCCCUACCAUUGUUUCUAAUCAUGUAUCAUAUUUCGAUAUACUAAUCAUGCUCUCUCGUAGAGUUCCAGUGGCAUUCGUCGCCAAGAAGGCCGUAGCAAAAUACCCCGUCUCGGGCGAUAUAUGCACCUCAUUAGGCAGCGUGUACGUGAGUAGAGCUAAGGAUCCCAAAGAGAGGGAACGAGUGAUGGCUGCUAUUGGUGACAAGCAAAAACGUGUUAUGGAGGGCAGGUCUCGUUAUCAAUUGUGUGUAUUUCCCGAAGGAACUACCUCUAAUGGUGGCCGUAGUAGAGAGCUGUGGAUAGCUGCAAUAAAACCCGAGGAGGAAGCUGCUCAUAAUGUGUUGAUACCCAAAGAGCCCAUCAGAGUCGGUGCCAAGACCCAACCGAGCAGUUUGGCUGGUUUCGUUUCCCAUAGGCUCAAGGAGGAGGGCGUUGCACUUCUGCAAGGUUCUAGUGCGGUGACUAUUGCCAAGAUGGCUGAUGCCAUUGCCCUAGCUGGAGCACACUUCGACGGCGAGGAAGGCCGCUCACUAGGCCAUCUGGUCUGUCGGCUGCGCACCAUCGUAGUAGAAGCCGACGCUACAGCCACUCCAGAGAAGGAGGUUGUGGACCAUACGAGUGAGGAUGGCAGUGACCAUGGCGAGACGACCUCAUCACGGCGCAACCGCAUUAGAGUCAUGCAAAUACUAGUGCGCCUGAAGGAGGGGCCCGUUGGAGGUUGUCAACCAGCAGCGGCCCACACCGGCGGCGGCAGCGAGGAGGAAGGAGCUGAGGUUACGAUAGACAGCAUCGAUAAGCCUGAGGGGGAUGAUGAUACCGUCACGAGGUCGGCACACUGA